GUUUAUACGUGAUAUAGAGAUAUAUAGAUCGAUAAUUCCACACGCACAUAUAUGUCUAUAAUUCAUAUAUACACUCAUCACAUGCAGCCAUGUCUACUCCUCCAUGCGAGCAGGCCUGGUCACGUGCUCGUAUGUGGAAAGGGCGAAGGAUGGAAUGAUUGCAUGUCACACCUCGCACCUCACACCUCACACCUCACGCCUUUCUAUCUACCGACCACCUAGUUGACUGCGUACCGCCAGUGUACCCCGUCUCGUAUAUCAGCACCGAAACCUGGCCAUGCACGGAAGUGAGAGCAUCCACAGCUGUCUCGCAUAACAUGAUGGUAUGCCAGCAAUACGAUCCUGUCGCAAAAAGUGAGGGCAUUCCGAGGAAAUACAUGCCGGGGACGUAGGGUACCACAGAGGCCAUUGUAUAUUUCUGUUUUCUGUUUUCUGUUGCACGCUCCAUGUUGCGAUUUUCCUUGUCCUCCCACCACUCUUCUCCUCUCUUCUCUCCUCCUCCAGUCUGAUCUGGAUGCCACGCCUGCACGGUACAAGGGCGUCAAGGCUCGAUCCAUCCGUACCAAGACUUUUUCUCAUCAUUUUAUAUUGAAGGCGUAAUCCUUUCCACCACUGCGCACACACCGCCAAAUUACUAAUGUCCGCCGUGAAAAUCCUCAGUAGCAGACGAUGAGUGACGGAUGAUGAAUGAGUGGUGAAUGAACUUCACGGAUCCCAACCCAUCCAAGCACCCCAAGUGUCCAGCCGUCCAACCAAAAAUCCGAUCAAAUUAGACGUUUCCUUUCUUCACAUGCAUUCAUUGAUUCGCGCAUUCAUAUAUUUAGAGGAUUCCCGCAUCGACGACAAUGGCAUCAAGUAUCGUCGACAUUCACUUGUGUGAAGACUGCCGCCACGACCGCUACCACCGCCACUCCUCUACUUCUUACCAUUCCAUGCGUGCCAUCCACGUACCUUGCCUUGCCUGCUCCCUACCUAGCUCACAUCAUUGCGGUUUCCAGUCGAGGAUCUUAUUAAAAGCUUCAAACUCCACAGGCCUUUCGGUCCCGAGAUAAAGUCCGACUUGCUCCCAGAUCCAACCACUCUGUCAAACCGGGUGACAUACCAUUUUGUUACUCUUGCCAAGCAUUCAAUUCUUUUCCAUUGCGGUAUAAACUCAAUUGUGACCUUCUUUCUCUUCGAUUUCUCUCUGGCAUUUCAUGGCGCAAAGAGAAAAUCAAGAAAAAGAAUAUAUGCACGAAGGUCGAAAGUGAUCACCGCAGUCCAGUCCAGCCCGCCCUUACUUCGUUCCCCGGUACCCCUCGCCCUUUCCUGCAUACGCGAAAUCCUCCACUCACGCUUAUAAAUUCUGGCUUGGCUAUGCGACAAACCUUCGCAUUUACAACCGCAGCUAUGGCAGCAGCGCUAGAAGAUACUCCAGUGUCCUACGAGGAUUUGGCCGAAAUCGAAAGGGAAUUCGACGAUAUUGAAACAGAAAUUAUUCGUCAACAAGUUUCCCUCACUCAACCUCUGUACCUUCGUCGCAACAAAACCAUCUCUCAAAUCCCAAAUUUCUGGGCCCUGGUACUCGAACAAGCUCCUCCAGAUAUAGAUCAAUAUAUUCAACCUUCCGAUUCCGCUCUUCUCCUCUCCUCACUUACCUCCUUACAUGUAUCGCAUUUCGAACUCGAAGAUUCCCAAUCUGAUAAUGGAGAUCCAAGAUCUGUAUCAAUUACAUGGACUUUCUCUCCAAAUGAAUAUUUUACAGAUGAGAAAUUGGUCAAGAAGUUUUGGUAUAGAAAGAGCCUUGGAGGUUGGUGUGGAUUGGUUAGUGAACCUGUUAGGGUUCAUUGGAAAAAGGGCAAAGAUUUAACUGGAGGUUUAUUGGAUAUGGUUUGUGAUGCUUGGGAUGCAGAACGAAAGGAAAAUUCGAAAUCGACUCUAAAACACAAAACUCUGGAGAAGAAAAUGAACAAUACAAGUAUGGGAGGUUUAAGUUUCUUCGCAUGGUUUGGAUUCAUUGGUCGAAAAGUUAGUGAGAAAGAAAGUAAAGAAGCAAAUGCUAAAGAUUUAGCAAAGAGGGAAGCUAGGAAAAACGGAAAGAAAGUGGUCGAAUCGGAUGAUGAUGAGAGUGAGGAAGAUGAUGAAGAUGAUUUGGGAAUGAAGUUGGAAGUCUUUCCGGAUGGUGAUGAUCUUGCCAUUGCGAUUACGGAAGAUUUGUGGCCUGGUGCUAUCAAAUAUUUUACUGCAGCACAAGAACAAGAUGCACUAUCAGAUGCGGAUUUUGAAUCAGAUGAUGAUGAUGAUGAUGAAGAGGAAGAAUCAAAUGAAGCAGAGAGACCAAACAAAAAACAAAGAUCCUCUUAAUAUUCAGGAUCAAAUAUCUUGUUUGGAUCGAUUCGGUUCUAUGAAGGGUAUUUAAAAGGGUCGGUUAGGUUAGGCGAUCUUCAGAAUGGAUAUGAAAAGUUUGUUUAUUUUUUAUAUCUGGAUUGAAUUUCUCAGGGGUAGGAAAAGGAUGGUUUGCUUGGAUGGCGUGGUGUUUUUUGUGUUGAGUCAGAAUUGCUAUUGCUAUUCGAUUUGGAUUGAUUGAGUUGUUUGAAUUGAAUGGAAUUUAAUUAAUGCAUUAAGAUAAGAUGAUAGAUUAUCAACAAUCGCGAUGGGGAGUUGGAGUCGGAGUUGGAGCUUGGGGUUUGAAUUGGAGAGAGGGUCUUUUUUUGGUAAUGUGGGGAUGGUGGUUGGCGGUGGAUGGGUGAUAGAAGAGAGUGGAAGAAUGAAUGGACGAGAUGAGAUGAUACAAUGUAGGAAAGAGGUUUACACUUGGUAUCUAGGUACUUGAAAUCAAGAACUUACCUAUUUAUUGUCAUCAUGCUUCUGCUCUUGAGAUGGUUGUAUUUGUUGGGUUGGGUUGGAGCUUGAGGAAUAUGUUGCCAGGUAGGUAGGUGUGGAAUUUGGAAUUCUUCUCACGUCUGAUAGGUAUA